UACCUGCAAAGAGUGCCCAACCAGAUUUAAAAAAAAAAAAACGACUCAGAACUCAGAAAAGUGUUUUCCGUCAACUGAAUCUCCGUCUUCGUGCGUUCUUUCUUCUCUCGCUUCGUUCUUCGCGAUCGCUCGGUGCUGAUCGCGCUCAUGGUGAUCGAGCACGACAUUGAGAGCUGCGGGAGCAGGGCGGUGCAGUCGUCGCACGCUAACCCUCGCCACCACCAGCAGAAGCUGGAGGUGUACAAUGAGGUGCUGCGGCGGAUUCAGGACUCCGAUUGCGAGGAGGCGCACGUUCCCGGCUUCGACGAUCAGCUUUGGCUUCACUUCAAUCGUCUUCCCGCUAGGUACGCGUUGGAUGUGAAUGUGGAGAGGGCGGAAGAUGUUCUAGCUCAUAAGAAAUUGCUCAAGUUGGCGGAGGACCCUGCUACUCGACCAGCAUUUCAAGUUCGCUUGGUGCAGGUAUAUCCUUUUGGUGGUGCAAAUUAUGUUGAUUCCAUGCAUUCAGAUCCUUCUGAGAAAGAAGAUGCACAAAGUUCUUUUAACUAUUCUUUAAAACAGGGGAUUCAUCCACCACCUACAUUUGGUUCAUCCUCUAAUCUUGAAGCUCUUGCACUUCAAACAACUAAAAAUAGCAUUGAAGAUGGGCGAAGUGCUAUGAGUGUGACACCAUAUUUUCACCGGCCAAUGCACGAGAUUACCUUUUCAACAAUUGACAAGCCUAAACUCCUUAGUCAGUUAACUUCAAUACUUGGUGAGAUGGGACUGAAUAUUCAAGAAGCUCAUGCAUUUUCCACCACGGAUGGAUUUUCUCUGGAUGUCUUUGUCGUUGAGGGAUGGCCUAAUGAGGAAACUGAGGAGCUCAAAGGUGUGUUGGAAAAGGAAAUUUUAAAGGUUAAGGACCAAUGCAUGUCAAAUCAGGGCAUGCAUUAUGCUGCCAAUGAACAAUACCAGGCAAGGGUGGAACCCUCCCCUCAUUUCAUUCAAAUACCAUCUGAUGGAGCUGAUGUCUGGGAAAUUGAUACCAAUCAGCUGAAAUAUGAAAACAAAGUUGGCUCUGGGUCAUUUGGUGACUUGUACAGAGGCACAUAUUGCAGUCAAGAUGUGGCUAUUAAAGUUCUUAAGCCUGAGCGCAUAAGUACAGAUAUGCUGAGAGAAUUUGCACAGGAAGUUUAUAUCAUGAGGAAGAUUCGACACAAGAAUGUUGUUCAGUUCAUUGGCGCGUGUACUAGGCCCCCAAGUCUUUGCAUUGUUACUGAGUUUAUGUCUAGGGGAAGCUUAUAUGACUUUCUGCACAAACAAAGAGGUGUAUUUAAGCUUCCAUCAUUGCUAAAAGUAGCAAUUGAUGUUUCCAAGGGAAUGAACUAUUUGCACCAAAAUAAUAUAAUUCACAGGGACCUCAAGACUGCCAAUCUUCUGAUGGAUGAAAAUGAAGUGGUCAAGGUUGCUGAUUUUGGGGUUGCCAGAGUGCAAACUCAGUCUGGAGUGAUGACAGCUGAAACUGGAACAUACCGUUGGAUGGCUCCUGAGGUCAUUGAACACAAACCAUAUGACCAGAAGGCAGAUGUUUUCAGUUUCGGAAUAGCUCUUUGGGAGCUUUUAACUGGAGAACUACCUUACUCUUGCUUGACCCCAUUACAAGCAGCAGUUGGCGUGGUGCAGAAGGGCCUACGGCCUACAAUCCCCAAAAAUACACACCCAAGACUUUCUGAACUGCUUCAGCGGUGCUGGCAACAAGAUCCAACCCUGAGACCAAAUUUCUCCGAAAUAAUAGAAAUUCUUCAGCAGAUAGCAAAAGAGGUCAAUGAUCACAAAGAUAAGUCAUCCCAUGGCUUUCUCUCAGCUCUUAGAAGGGCCCAUCAUUGACGUCGAUAUUUAUAUAAGAGGAUCACACGACAGUAUAGCCUUUUUGUCCUGUAUAGUAGUCUGACCCAAGAUCUUUUGCGUUGGUUGUUUCUGCUCUUGAAAGAUUUCGUUGUAUUGUAUUAUUGCCUUAAAUUUCUCUAACAGUCGUCGCCUUUCUCCCGUUUGUCUACUCAACUUAUUCGCCUUGAAUAGGAUGGAUGCAAGAUUAGUGAAAGUCGAAAAUUCAAGGUAUCAUUUCAUACUAAAUUUUUGCACAUUUUAUUCCAUGCUUUUUGAAUGGGAGCCUUUUCGAUGCACUCCCCUGUAUCCAAACCCUUGAAAUUGACUAGUAGAGGCGUUAUAUGUUGAGACUUUAGAUGUACAAGGCUUAACUGUAAUAAAAUUGGCAUGUACUAUCAUGCAAUUUGAUUCCAGAAGUAUUCAGGCACAAGUACUCGGCAUAUUUUCUUUUAAUGA